AUGGAGGUGGAGCAGGAGGUGGUGUCGGGGGAGACGUACAGGCUGCGGGUGUGGUACGACAUCAUUACGCGGGCUUCACGACUGGAGGUGGGCAGCGAGGAGCGGUACUACGGCUUGGAUCCCUCCCACCGGGUGGACGCGCCGGUGCACGAGGGGGUGCGCGUGGGCGUCUACGCGGGGAACAGCGCGUCGAGGUUGCAGGAGGUGCGCGUGGGCAACAUGAGCUUCUGCGGAGGCAACGUUGCCACCGUCAAUCCCGACACGGCGGAGACGGUGUUCUCAAGCUCGACGGAGUCCAUCUUCUCAAGCAGCCAGCCCCAGUGGAUUCCAGGCGGGGGCAGCACCGAGGUGCCCCUCAGCCGGACCUUGAGCUCGUCGGGUUUGGACUGCGAUGUCACUGACGGCGCCGUUGACAUCGACGUCGCCCACGCGAAUCCCGAGACUCUGCAGUUCUACCUGCAGGCGCAGUCCGGAUACGGCAUCGCGCUGCGCGUUCCUCCUGCCAACACGACUGUCGAGCCCUCACACACCGAGUCUCUUGUUGCACCGCGCAACGUGUCGAGCAUCGUGAACGGGGGGGCGAUGGCCGCAAGUGCGGAUGUCUUCGUGGUCACGGGCGGCGCAGGGUUCGACGUGUUCGAGCGCGACGCCCAGGGAGCCUGGUCUGCGGUUGACGUGCUGCCACCUCCCGUGAACGCGUCUUCGAACUUCGGUGCGCGGGCACGCACUCUGGCGGUGAUUGGGGACAACCGCAUCAUUGUCUCCGACCCGGGUUCUGGCGGUUCGGGUGGGACAGUCUUCUCGUACGUCCGUGCCGCCGGCGGCUCUUGGGUGCUCAGUCAGACGCUUGUGUCGCCGGGUGACGCUCAUUUUGGUGCGGCUGUGGACGUCGCCGGGGACGACACGCUCGUCGUGAUGUCGGAGAAGAGCCUGCACGUGUACGCUUCGAAUGACUCGUCGACCUGGAAGUUGAACCAGACGCUGGAGCUCAAUUACGUGGCGCCGAAUGGAGAGCCUGAGGCGCUCGCGGUGUCACCCGGCUUCAUUGCCGUCGCGGACGUGCCGAGCCUGUUCCAGUCCACGACGUCGUUUGUCAUGUUCGAGAAGGGCGCAGAUGGGCGCUGGACACUCCUGCAGCGAGUCGACCGCUCUGGCACAACUAGCCUAGCCUUCAGUGACAACGAGCUGCUCGUCGGCGACGCAUCCGUCAGCUUCGGGCGCGUCGCAGUCUACGCGAUCACGGACACGUUGACGGAAAGCAGUUACAUCCAGCCAGUCGAUAGGCGCACGGGAGACAAGUUCGGGUCUUCCAUCACAGUGCAGGGUGGAACAGCCGUCCUGACGGCUCCCGGCUACGUCGGCAACUGCAGUGACGGUCAGAUCAGCACUCUCGGUGCGCUGUACGUCAUGAACCGCGCGCAGGACGGUGCGUGGCUCCUUGACGAGCAGCCACUGCUGCGGCCGUGCUCUGAUGACGUUGUGCUCCCGGAGACCUACGGGCAGGUCGCUCUCUCGCGUGACAACGUGCUAGCGGCAUUCGAUCGCACCAGGCUCAACAUUCAGACCACGGAAUCGGGCCCGGGUGCGGUGUUCGAGACGCAGCUGCCGACGGCCAUAGUUGGCACAGCUCGCAUCACCAUCGGCGGGAAGGCGACUGACGCGACGGACGGCAGGACAUUCUACGAGUCGCUCGAGCCCUUCACCGCCCUGGCGGGGAUCGACGGGCGCGAGGGAACCUGGACGCUGAAGGUCACAGACAGCCGCAAGGAUCGGCACGCUGCUAUCCAGCACAUCGUGAGUGCGAAGCUGCGCCUGAUGUGCUCAGGAGGGAACGUGUCGCGCGCGCUCGAUGCCGCUGUCCCCGACAACGGCAAGCUGAUUGACACGAUCGAGAUCAGCAACAGCCGGGGCUGUUUGGUGGACGGAGUUCAGGCCAACCUCGACAUCAAACACCGGCACGUCAAGGACCUCGUCGUGUACUUGGGCAGGCCGGACGGCGUCGUCGAGCGGCAGUACUACGGGGACACUCAGGGCCUGGACGGCGUUGCAGACCUUGAACGCUCCAUCUCCCUGGGGAGCCAGUUCAGCGGCCAGGACGUGUCGGGCAAGUGGACGCUCCAUGUCUACGACGACUUCGGGUCUGAUUUGGGGUCGCUCUGGUCCUGGAGCUUGACAUUCACCUGCCGGGGCAAGCUACCUGCAUCGUGCUACAACGCCGAAGCUGUGGCGCACCCUCUCUCCGACAUCGUGUCCUCCAGCGUGCCGCGGUACAGCUCGGCGAGUGCAGGGACCUUCGUUUCCACGGGCGAGGGUGCAAGCGUUGUGCUCUCCUCGGACACGGAGGCCUCGCACAUUGCGCGUCUCCCAGUGCCGCUCGCUUUGACUGGGACGACGUUCAAGUUUUGGUCCGAGUUCCGGCGGCAAGGGUUGCGAUUCACCCGCAGCAACCACCUGUGGUUCAGCUUCGGGCGAGAGACGCCUGCGCAGGCGUGGCAGUCGCGGUUCUACUUCUCGACGGACGACAUCACGGACGGCCUGGACCAGCACGAGUUCCGCAUCGGCAUCGAGUGGCUCAGCGAGCAGAGCUGCCGCAUCAUUCUCGCAGACGGGUCGUCGUACUUCAGCAGCAUCGUGUCCGACAACGACUACAGCCUGCCUUCGGAGAUCUGCACUAGUGACGAGUGGCACCUGUUCGUCGUGGAGAUCGAGCCGUCGGAUUUCUCCGUCGUGAAGGUCAACGUCGGCUUCGAUGCGCACCGCACAGAAGCAUUCUUCUCCGUGUCCUCCUCCACCCAGCAGGUCCAGGAGCGUCUCCCUGGUCACAUGCUGAUGAAGGCUCGUGGCACGUCGGUGUCGGUGGGGGCGCGCGUGAUCGGCACGUCAUCCCGGAACGCCACCGUCGAGGUGCGCGGCCUCACGACGUGCCGCUCCCCGGGCUCCGACGUCCAGCCGCUGGCCCUGGCACCUGUCAAGGGCGACUGUGCACCUGAUGUCGCCCUCGCUGAGGCUGCGCAGACGGCCCCGACCACCCAACUCAGCGACGCGACUGCGAUCUGCGUCUACGCUGACGAGAGGCCUGCGUCGAACCAACCGGUUGACCGGAUGAGCGUGCCCCGCGACGCCAGGGUGACGGGCAUCAACAUCACCGUCGACCUGGAGCACACCGACUUGAGCCGCCUCUCGCUGGACCUCGUCUCGCCGAUCGGCACGGCCGUCCCUCUCGUGCGGUCGAACUCGACCUACGGAAUGCGGCUGGCGCGCACGCGCUUCUCCGACGCGGCUGCCGACACGGCUGCAGCGGGCGACAUGCCCUACAGGGGGGCGUACAGGCCCGUGGAGGCGUUCGCCGCCCUCAUUGACGAGCCUGCGAUCGGACGAUGGUGUCUUCAGGUACGGAACGAGCCGUCUACUGCUCUGGUGCGGUACAUUUUCAAGAGCUUCCAAGUGCAGCUGGCCACGCGGGAUGGCAACCACCAGAGCCUGCGCGAGCACGCAGCCGUCACGCAGCGCAUCCCCGACGCCGCACUGCUGGAGCAGACGCUCAGCAUCACGGCGGAGCGCAGCUGCACUCUCGAGGGCGCGCGCGUCGUCACGGACGUGCACCACACGCACCACGCGGACAUCAGUGCAUGGUUCCAGGCGCCGACCGGGGCGUUCGGCGUGAUCACGGACGAGUACGGCUUCAAGGAGGGCAUCGACGGCGUGGUUUCGAGGUCGUACGGGUACGGCGGGAGCCAGGAGCCGGGGUACGGCUCGGGCUCGCUGUCGAACAUGCUGCGAGGCACGAACAACACGGGGCUGUGGAAGGUGUGGGUGCAGGACGACUUCGCUGGUGACGUCGGUAGCGUCAGCACGGAGAUGUGCUUCACCUGCCGCUACAGCGCGGAGCCGACGUGCCCUAUCGCCGGCCGCGCCGACAGCACACAGGUUCCUGAGGGCUUGCAGCUCAAGGACAUCGACGCAGCAGGCAACGCGUACGUCGUCGGCCGGGACUCGCGCCGUCGGGUGAUGAGGAUCCUCCGCAACAGGAGGACGGAGGUGCUGGCCUCGAACUUCGCGUCCACCCCAGAGGACAUCGCCGUGUCGCCGAGCGGCGUCGUGUACGUGGCGGUCGGCAACCAGGUCGUGCGCAUCCAAGGCCGGACUCAGAGCACCUUCGCGACGAUGACCCGCCGCCCACUGAGGCUGGCGGUUGCCGAGGAGGACGUGCUGUUCGUCGCAACUAACCAGGGCAGUGUCCUGUUGGUGAACAGCACCUCCAGCUCGGUCUUCCACCCCAUCUCCUCGAGCGGCAUCCGUGCGCUCACAGUCGAGCCGGGGCAGCCGCGCAGUGUGCUUGCGGCGUUCUCGAACGGGUGCGUCCAGCGUCUGCGCGGCAACGGCGUAUCUUCAAUUGUCCUCGGCGUCUGCGGCAGGUUUGGGAGGCCCAUCGACGGCGACGUGGCGACGAAGACGGCGAUCUACUCCCCUGACGGCGUCGCUGUCGACAGGACUACCGGCGACAUCUACGUCUCGGACUACACCCUUGACGUGGUGCUGCGGGUGCGCGACGGCAGGGUGAAGAUCGUCGCGGGCCAGACCUUCUCGGAAGCACGGCCGCGCCUGGGAGAGGCUGCGAACCUGCAGCCGAUCCGCCGGCCUGGAAAGAUCUUCGUGGACAAUGCUGCGAGGGAGCUCGUGUUUGAGGAGGGCAAGGGGUCCUCAGAUGCAACGAUCGUCUCCGUGCCGAUCACCGCGGACUGUGUGCCCACCCUCACGAGCCCGCCGGGCGGCUUCCUGCUGCCCACGAGCCCCCCUGCGACGACUGUGGGGCCGACCCAGCCUGGCACCAGGCCGCCCAGCGCGGCCACCACCAGGCCGCCCAGGAAGCAGUUCAAGGUCACCACCGCCAUCAAGGUCACUUUGGGCCGGACAAUCACUCCACAGCAGGAGCAGGGUCUCAAGACUCUUGCCCUGCGCCUCCUUCAGCUGCCUCUGUCGCUGCUGAAUGCCCCUGGCGUCAACGUUGUGGUUGAGCGCGUAACGUCGGGGCGCCGCCUGCUCCAGGGCUUCGAGUACCGGGUGCGGAUCGAGUACGUCACCGAGAGCCAGGAAGAGGCGCAGAGGGCUGCCACAUCUGCGCAGCAGCUCACACAGGACACGGCUGAGUCGCAGACCGAGCUGCUGACACUCAUCCAGACGAGCAUUGCAGAAGCAGGUGGAGACGCCACUGCGGUGCAGAGCGUGGCGGUGGAGCAGCCAGCACAGGUCGAGGAGACGGUGAUCGAGGACACCCCGGCGCCGGUCACGACAGCUGCGCCUAGCGACAUCACCACGCUGACGGACGGGGAACGCGUCGCGAUCCAGAACGCCUUCGCGGACGCCCUGCGGACCACGUACCCGGGCAUCGAACCUUCGAUGAUCGAGGUCCGCAUCGUAUCGGUGGCGCGCAGGCGCCUGAUGGCGCUCACGCUCGAGGUCGUCGCCAGCGUCCCAGAAUCCGUGUCCGCGGAAUCUGCCGCUUCUCUGCGCCGACAGUCCAUCAACGGCAACCUCGACGCGUACCUCCGUUCGCGGGGCUUCACGGCAGCUGUUGAGUACGGCGACGUAACGGUGCGGCAGCCCACGGCAGGGAACAUCGUCGAGGCAACGACGCCACCGGCCAGCACGCCAGUUCCUGCCGAGCCGUCGAGCGACAGCACCGACGCGAUCCUCAUCGGCUCGCUGCUGGGCGCGGCCGGCGUGGUCGCUAUCGUCGUUGGUGCGGUGUUGGUCAUCCGCCACAAGCGGCGCGCGGGGCUGCGCAUCGGCGACAGUUCCCAGAUCUCAGCGCCUAUCGUCCCAGCGACCUCGGAUGACAAGGCAUUCGAUGCGCUCAGCAACGAGAUGGGCGAUCGGCGUUACGUGGCUCCCCGCAGCGGGUCCGCGUCGCCGAGGGCGAUCGUUUGA